AUGGCCGCCAGCCUGUGGAUGGGGGACCUGGAGCCAUAUAUGGACGAAAACUUUGUUUCAAGAGCCUUUGCCACCAUGGGAGAGUUUGUUCUGAGUGUAAAAAUCAUUCGAAACAGGUUGACAGGAAUUCCAGCAGGCUAUUGCUUUGUAGAAUUUGCAGAUCUAGCUACUGCAGAGAAAUGUUUACACAAAAUCAAUGGGAAACCACUUCCUGGUGCGACACCGGCAAAGCGAUUUAAGUUGAAUUAUGCAACGUAUGGGAAGCAGCCAGACACCAGCCCAGAAUAUUCUCUCUUCGUGGGAGACCUGACCCCUGAUGUGGAUGAUGGCAUGCUGUACGAAUUCUUUGUCAAAGUUUAUCCAUCCUGCAGGGGUGGAAAAGUUGUUUUGGACCAGGCAGGAGUAUCCAAAGGUUACGGGUUUGUGAAAUUCACAGAUGAACUGGAACAGAAAAGAGCGCUGUCAGAGUGCCAGGGAGCUGUGGGUUUGGGCUCCAAGCCUGUGCGCUUGAGUGUGGCUAUACCCAAAGCUAAUCGUGUGAAGUCACUGGAGUACAGCCAGCUGUACAGCUACAACUACAACCAGUACUACCAGCAGUACCACAGCUACUAUGCGCAGUGGGGGUACGAUCAGAACACUGGCAGCUACAGCUACAGCUACCCGCAGUACGGCUACACGCAGAGCACCAUGCAGACAUAUGAAGAGGUUGGUGAGGAUGCACUGGAAGAUCCCACACCUCAGUUAGACGUCCACGAAGCAAAUAAACAGUUUAUGGAGCAAAGUGAAGAGCUCUAUGAUGCCUUGAUGAACUGUCAUUGGCAGCCUUUGGACACUGUCUCCUCAGAGAUCCCAGCCGUGCUAUAGCCUCGUGGCUGAGGCGCUGUGUCUGUCUGAGGAGCCUGCAGGGCACUCCGGACUCUGCCUCUGCACUCAGAUCCUGCAGUGGUCAGGGGUGGCCCUUUCUCCACCCAGGUCUGGUACUCAAGGUACAGGACGGCUGUGGCCUUCCCUGUACAGAAUGAGUAUCAUAGGAGCAUCAUGGUAACCUUUAUUCAUGGUGAAAAACUAGAACUGCAACAGUUUUAGUUCCUUUGUCUUGAAAUGAACUCUUACUUCUUGUUGGGAAUUGUAAUUUAUAAACUUCCAACCAGCUGGCACAGGGCAAAGACUCUUCUCCAACGUAC